AUGCCACCGAAGCGGGGCAAAGGGAAGGACGGUGCGGAGGAUAGCAACGUGCCACCUGGGAUUCUCGAGGUGCGGGUAACAAGCGGAUGCUCUGUCAACAUGCCUGCGCGUGUCCGCAUGGGCCACGCGUCGUACAUUCACCCCAAAAGUGGGAAGCUGUACGUUGUGGGCGGCUGCGAUGUGACGAUGCUGCCGCAGCCCUUCCAGUCGCAGAUCCCCAUGGAUCCUCUGGAGCCGAUGCCCUUCGCGGAGUGGUGGGACGCAGAGACACGCGUGUGGGGCACGAACGUUGACUCGAUGACGCAGCCCGUGGAGACGCCGAUGGGAAACAUGUGCGCUGACGCCGACGCUGACGCCGAUGCCGACGCUGACGCCGAUGCCGACGCCGACGCCGACACGAAAGUGGGUGCGGGGGACGAGGACGCCGCGCCGCGAGAGAGCGGAACCGCGUCGCCAUACAGGCAGGCUGCCGACCAGCGACCAACGCAGGUGCCCGAUGGCUUUUCGUGGCCGACGCUGGCUGCUCCUGUUGUGCAGUGGGACCCGGUGCGGGCGAAGGAGCGCGGGCCGCAGCACUCACUCGUCGCCAUCAGCGGCGACGCAGCCAAACGCGCAGAGGAGGAAAAGGAGGCAGGUGACGCGCAGGCAGCGCCGGAGGCUGUGGUACCGCCACCGCGUGAACACCCGGUGGUGCUGCUGAUUGGUGGCUGGCAAGGCAGUAGCCGCGUGGCACACCUCAUGGGUGUUGACAUGGACAACGGAACUGCGCUGCACGUGCGUGGCGGCGCAGCUUCGCAGGCACCGAUGCUGACGUGUCCUUCCGCUACUGUGGUGCGGGACAAGGUGUACGUGUUCGGUGGUAACACCAGCAACGGCUGCGUGUCGACAAUGGAAACGCUGGAUCUCGCCACCUGCAAGUGGGUAGAGCGUGCAGCAGUAGCAGAGACGCCAACCGCGCACCCUCAGCCGCGCUCCUCUCACGUGGCGGGCUUGCUGCUGGACCGCUACAUUGUAAUUCACGGUGGUCGGCGCCUGGCGAUGGAGCCAAAGAUAGUCCCAAAGAAGGGCAAGAAGGUAGACCCAAAAUUGCUUCAGACCAUCACUAAACUUGCUCUUGAAUUCUGCAAUGAUGUAGCGGUGUAUGAUGUGGAUACUGGACGAUGGGUGGCUACGGCCGUGAAUGUGGGGAUCCAUGGACCGCCGCCGCGGUAUGGGCAUGCCGCUUGUGUCUUGAGCCCAAGCGAGAUGAUGCUGCAUGGAGGUAUCGGCGUCGGCGGCAAGGUGCUCUGCGAUGCCUGGAUUCUGCGCCUGCAGGAGAAGGGUGAGUCUGCUGUGUCGGUUUCGUGGGUAAAGUUGGUGCCGCACGAGACAGACAUGGAGCUGGUGCCGGCCCGCUGCCACCACUCCCUGGUGGCUGCAGGGAGGCGUGUGUACGUCACCGGCGGCCUUGACGCAUCGGACAGCGUGGAAGACCUCUGCAUCAUGGACGUGCAGCCACUCCUGGAAGCAAAUACAUCGCGACCGGAUAAUCGCAGGCGAACAGUGACGCCAAAAGACCCGAAGCGCUCAGCCGCGUAA